UCAAAAGAACAAGUACAGAGUGACACUUGUGUAAAGAAACUCGGGAAUCAGAAGCUUCAAUGGAACCCGAAACUUCUCAGUUCGAGUCGAGCGAGACACUGGCGGCGUAUCUGGCGUCGACGCCCCUCCUGGAGGAGUCGUGGCGGCUGUGCGGCGUCGCCAACGCGGCGGCGCAGCAGAGCUUCGCCGUGAAUCGGGUGGGGACGGCGGCGUACGUGGCGUUUUCCGGCGUGCAGGUGGUGGACUGCUCGGAGGAGAGCUGCCGGGGCUUGGCGGAGCUGGAGGGGGGUGCGGCGAAGGGGGUUUUCAGUGUGUUCUCCGGCGGCCGCGCGGAAGGGGAUCAAGAACCGUUCAUGGUUCACGGCGGGCUGCUCCGCCUCUUCCUCAACUUCUACUACACCCAGAAUUUCCAACACAAGAUGCUCGAAAUAAUGAACGAGUGCAAAUCGGUAAUUUUCACCGGUCACUCUCUAGGAGGUGCACUUGCUUCACUCUCUGCCCUUUGGCUCCUCUCGGUUAUUCAGACCACUUCUCUUUCGAUCGAGGUUUUGUGCAUAACGUACGGCUCCCCGAUGCUCGGAAACAAAUCCUUUUCCCAAGCCAUCCUCCAAGAACGGUGGUGCGGGAAUUUCUGCCAUGUCGUGGGCCCGCAUGAUUUAGUGCCGAGAUUGCUAUUCGCACCGCCAUCUCCUUUCGUCGAACACUUUCAUGCCCUCUUCCACUUUUGGCAGUCAUCUAUGGCUUCUUCUUCGCCUAAUAGCAUUCAACUCGAUUCCCUUUUGUCCGAUGAGGUCAAAGCUGAAAUAUUCGGUAAUAUUUUGGCUUGUGUUGAAGAUAGGUUUCGAAGAGGCGAAAAUCAAGAACGGGGUUCGUUUUGGCCGUUUGGGAGCUAUAUGUUCUGCACGGAAAACGGGGCGAUUUGUUUGGAUAACAGAAUGGCUAUUGUGAAGAUGCUUUAUUUGAUGCUGGCUAAGGGUUCGGCUAACGCUUGUGUGGAGGACCAUCUCAAAUACGAGAACUAUGUGGGGCGAAUUUGUUGGCAGUACUUGCAACGAAAAAGCUUGACGAACGUGUGCUUUUCGGAGUCGAGCAAUGAAGCAGGGAUUGCUUUGGCGUUGCAUUCAUCAGGAAUAUCUUUUCAGGAACCAGUACUCUACGGGGUGGGAAAAGACUGUAUUGUAAUGGCAAGACAAUUGGGGUGUAGGCGUAACAUCUACACCGCUAAAAUGGCCGUUUCUUUAUCCAAAGUCACUCCACUAAGAGCCCAAAUCGAGUGGUACAAAGCAUUCUGCGACAACUCCGACGACCAAUUAGGGUACUACGAUUCGUUCAAGCGAAGAACCGCUUCAAGAAAAGGCUCCAAAGUGUACAUGAACCUCACCCGCCUCGGGAAAUUCUGGGACGAAGUGAUUCACAUGCUCGAGACAAAUCAACUCGCUCACGACUUCCACAAACUCGUCAAAUACGUAAACGCGUCUCAAUCCUACAAGCUACUUGUCGAGCCUUUGGAAAUCGCCGAGUACUAUCGAACCGAAAUUCACAAGAAGAAGGGCCAUUAUAUUGAGAAUGGGAGGGAGAAGAGGUUUAGGGUUUUCGAUAAGUGGUGGAGGGAUAGAAAAAUCGGGGACGAAGAGGGAAACCCUAGAAGCAAGUUUGCGGGUUUGACUCAAGAUUCUUGCUUCUGGGCUCGAGUGGAGGAGGCGAGAGAUUGCGUGUACUGCGUUGUGAGUGAAGUUGAUCAAGGGAGGGAGUUGGUUUUGGUGGACAAGAUCGAGAAGUUCGAGGCGUACGCUCGUGGGUUGAUCGAAAGGAAGGAGGUUUCGGUUGAUGUGCUGGCGAAGAAUUCGAGCUAUAGUUUGUUUAGAGAGGAGUGGAAGGAGGUUAAAGCUCGGCUGCAGCUUUUGCCGCCUCGUUUUCCGGUUGCAAUGGUAAGGGAAAAGUUCUAGAAGUUUCGGACAAGGGUGUUUAUGUUUGUGUCUUGUGCCUAAUGAUGUUUUGUGCUUCCUUUUACUCUAGGAUAUAUAUAGAUGUAAAAGAUUAUAUAUUAAGUACAUUUUGGCAGAUUAUAUAUAUACAAUAUAUUGGCUUGUUUGAGUAAAGAUUGAAGGCAUUAAAUAUGUGUA